UGGAAGUAGGAGAGGGAGCCGCACGAUUCACCAACAUACUGUACAACAAGAGGAGGCCACCAACGAGGAAAACAAAGCCGUUUUUGUUCCAAGGAGCACCUGAGUUGCCCUUUGCUGUCUUGACGAGUCGAGGGGAACUAGUGAAAGCGCCAUUUACAAGGUGGACAGUCCGCUGCCUGGUUGCCCGUGGUAACUCUCCACCAUGCCUUUUCCCUUUGGCAAGUCCCACAAGUCGCCGGCGGACAUCGUCAAGAAUCUUAAGGACAACAUGACAGUGCUUGAGAAGCAUGACAUCUCUGACAAAAAAGCUGAGAAGGCCACAGAGGAGGUGUCAAAAAGCCUAGUGGCCAUGAAGGAGAUCCUUUAUGGGACUAAUGAGAAAGAGCCCCAGACAGAAGCAGUGGCCCAACUAGCCCAGGAGCUUUACAACAGUGGCUUACUCAGCACCCUUAUAGCAGACCUGCAGCUCAUUGACUUUGAGGGUAAGAAAGAUGUGGCUCAGAUCUUCAAUAACAUCCUCAGGCGUCAAAUAGGUACUCGGACCCCCACCGUGGAGUACCUCUGCACGCAGCAGAACAUCCUCUUUAUGUUGCUCAAAGGGUAUGAGUCUCCAGAGAUUGCCCUGAACUGUGGUAUCAUGUUGAGGGAGUGCAUCAGACAUGAACCACUGGCCAAAAUCACGCUGUGGUCAGAGCAGUUCUAUGACUUCUUCAGAUAUGUGGAGAUGUCCACAUUCGACAUUGCCUCUGAUGCAUUUGCCACUUUUAAAGAUCUCCUCACAAGACACAAGCUGCUAAGUGCAGAAUUUCUGGAGCAACAUUACGACAGAUUCUUUAGUGAAUAUGAGAAGCUACUCCACUCGGAAAACUAUGUUACUAAGAGGCAGUCCCUCAAGUUACUGGGGGAGUUGCUUCUUGAUCGGCACAAUUUUACCAUAAUGACGAAAUACAUCAGCAAGCCAGAGAAUCUCAAACUAAUGAUGAAUCUGCUACGGGACAAGAGCCGCAACAUCCAGUUUGAGGCAUUCCAUGUUUUUAAGGUGUUUGUGGCCAACCCCAACAAGACCCAGCCCAUCUUGGACAUCCUGCUGAAGAACCAGACCAAACUCAUCGAGUUUCUCAGCAAGUUCCAGAACGACAGAACAGAGGACGAACAGUUCAAUGAUGAAAAGACCUACCUGGUCAAACAGAUCAGGGACCUCAAGAGGCCCGCCCCUCAGGAAGCCUGAGCAAGGCAGAGGUGGGGAGAGGAGCCACCAGGACCAUUACUGGGCGACAUCCAGGCAACAUCUGCUUAGACGGACCCAUCAGCAGCUGUUGUUCUGGUUGCUGAACCCAUAAACAAAUGAGAAACAAACAUACCCAUAUCAGCUCACCAGGAAGUUGCCAGCUCCUCUGCUCCUCACUGAACAUUUGAUCUGUUUUAUUUUCAGUGGUUUUCCUUCAAAAGAAACAAGAAAUUAAUAGAUGCUGCUGCUUUCUUGCACAUUGAGACAUGUAAGGUAUAUUAUGAUACAGCAGUCUAUUGAGCAUAGUGACACAAAAUGUCAGUACUUCAAAGUAAGGCAGACUUCCUGAUAGACACACGCAGCAAGAAACAAAAAUAGACAAGACGUAUUUUCAAACAAGCGUACACACACACACACACACACACACACUGCAAGUAAACCAUGGCGAGGGAAAUGGUACGAGCAAGUUGAACAUGGGUGUGCCUGUUGCAUGCCUUGAAAUGUGACAAAUCCGCGGCUGUAGCCAGCAUCAGCUCUGUGAUGGUCUGCCCAGUCUGGCUCCCACUGUCAGUGCCACAGACUCGGACACGCACGCACGCCCGUCACAGCUGCUGCUGCGGCGCGCGCCUAUGCCUUCAUCCGGUGAAGCGACGUUCGGGGUUCAUUUUGACGUGGACGAGCUGUGAGUGGCCACGCCAGGGAACCGCUCGCGUGCUUUCUCACCAUACAGCGCUUGAAGCACAUGAGGAAAGGAGGCAUCAAUGUAAGGUGUAGUUUUGGCGAAGCCUGAGAGUUCAUCUUUUUUGUUUUGUUUUAUGGGACAGGUGAACGUGUACAUAUGCCUUUCUUUUUGCUUUGUAGAGUUUUGUUUAACCCUUGACACACACACUUUUUAAACCAUAAAAGAAGAAACAUGAUUCGUAACAUUGUUCUUGCAUUUCUUUUCACUGCUGAAAUGGUUGCUGGUGGGUUUCAUUGUACAUAACUUAAAGGGCCAGCUCACACUUAGCUAACCUAUAGAAUAUUAACAAUUUGUACAGCGAAGGAAUGUCAUGGUAUUAGCUCUGGAUCUGUUAAUCUUCUUUUAAUUCUUCAUCUACACUUUGAGGAUCUCAGACUGCUGAGAACUUGCAGGAGUGUGAAUAGUGCUAAUGUGGGAGGGAGGGACUGGCAGAACAUGGACUGAAACAUUACAGCCUGUGUGGGCGUGCGCAUUGUGAGGUGCUGAUUGAUCAACGUUACCUAACGAGUUGAGGACAGUGAUGAGUUUUCAUUAACUUUUUUUGGCUUCCUCAUCACUUGGCUGGAGGCCUGCGAGUGCAGGGGCCCCACGGUGAGUGCACUUCAGGGGUAAGCUCAUCAGGAUAUUGGCAACUCGGCACAUCAUUCUUACUUUCCCCAUUUCCCUGUUUUUUGACUCAUUCUCUUCAGAGGGUUGAUAAUUCCAGUACAAUCAUGUGUGUAAAGCAUUUUGGGUAGCUGAGGGCUUUGUGCCAUGUUGGAUUCUCCUGAGACCUGAUGAUACCACAGAUUUGUUUAAUUGCAGUGAGUGACACACGUGAUGAGACAUAUCUGUACAUUCAGACAGGCAAACAAAACAGCCAUCUCAAAACAGACGAGCGCUUCCACUCGGACACGCCACAGUUUCUCCAUCGAACUCGCAUGACUCUCCACUGGCUGUGCAUGAUGCUGUGCUAAAGAUAUUGUACUGGAAUUGUUUUGUUUUUCCAAGUAUUUAACAAGAUUGAAAUGUCAAAUUGAACUCUUGGCUAGUGGGUGCUUUCAGAAGUGUCAAAGGCCUGGGCCCUACAAUCAAAAUAAAGAAAAGACUUUGGAAUAAAAUGAA